AUGCGUGUCCCCCGUCAGCCUGGCGCCCAUUCCCUGCGGCUCCUGUCCCUCUUGGUCUUCGUGAUGGGGGCGGCACCCUCGCCAGCUCUGACGGCCGGCUGUCCUGACAGGUGCGUGUGCGACGACCAGCUGGUGGUCCAGUGUGCCGGGCAGGAGCUAACCCAGUUCCCUGCCGAUCUUCCACUGGCCACCCGGCAGCUCAUCAUCUCCAACAACCGUAUCGGGGACCUGCCGGCGUUGCAGCUCAAUUACCUAUCUGACCUGGUUUACCUGGACUGCAGCAACAACUCUCUAACGGAGAUCUCAGAGUCCACCUUUGGGAACCUGCGCAAACUGGCCUACCUGGACCUGUCAUUCAACGCCUUGCUGCAAAUUGAGGAGCGGACUUUCGGCCCCCUGGCAUCUCUGGUCAUGCUGCGGUUGACAGACAACCCUGGUCUCGGUGAGAUACACGCUGACGCCUUUGCAGAGAACCCGGCCCUGCAGGUUCUGGACGUGAGCCGGAACAAUCUGACAACUCUCAACAUCAGUGGUCUGAUUGGACUGCCGGCCCUCCGGUCACUGGGACUCAGUGGGAAUCCAUGGAGGUGCGACUGCGACACGGAGGACCUCUGCCUUUGGGUCCAGAUUGAGAGCUUCAAGUUCCAAGAUGAGGGCCAAACGGUGUGCCACAGCCCGGCAGAGUGGGCGGGACGGCGUCUGGCCGAGGUGGGCAUGCAGCUGCGGGCAGACUGCCACCAGGGCCUGGGCUACUGGGACUACCUCUUCUUCGUGGCUAUCGGCUUCAUCAUCUUCUCGGCGGGCACGGUGUCGGCGUGGGUGAUGGGCGUGCUCAUGGUGCUGUACGAGCGCUACAGCAAACGUAAAAGCGAGGAGCUGGACGGCGAUGAUGACGACACCAAGGGGGGCGGUGGGAGCAAGCAGGGAAACGGAGACGUGGGCAAGCCCGGUGUGCAGGUCUGA